AUGACCAGCAAUAUUCCCCAACGACGUCUCGGCAAGGAUGGACCACUGGUGCCAGCCAUGAGCUUCGGCCUAAUGAUGUUCGCUGGCGUGUAUGGAGCGGCUCCCGACGACGAAGGAAAGUACAAGAUCCUCGACAGAGCGCUGGAGCUUGGCGCCACCCUAUGGGAUACUGCUGACUUGUACGGUGAUUGCGAGAAGACGGUAGGCGAAUGGUUCACGCGCACUGGCAAGCGCAAGGAGAUCUUUCUGGCAACCAAGUUUGGCUUCGUCAAGGGAGACCCCAACUAUGCCACCAGAAGCGACGCCGAACUACUGUCACCACCCAGACCCCAAGGUAUGUAUGAUAUAGGACAGUCGAGCGGCUUGAGUAACCUUUCGAACAAGACACCGAUCGAGGAAACGAUGCGCGCUAUGGUUGAGCUUCAAAAGGAAGGCAAAAUCCACCACAUCGGCCUCUCCAACCUCUCGGCCAACAGUCUCCGCCGGGCUGUCAAGAUCGCACCCGUUGCUGCCGUCCAGCUCGACUAUUCACUCUUCACCCUAGAUAUCGAGACAGCAAAGACGAAGCACUUGCUAGCCACUUGCCGCGAAUUGGGGGUUCCCGUGAUCGCCUACUCUCCUCUCGGCCGUGGCUUGCUGACCUCCACCUUCGCUGCCACCGAACCGAUCGAAAUCGGCGACUUGCGCGGCAAAUUGCUUCCACGCUUCCAGGGCGAGAACGUCACCAAGAACCAGAAGCUGGCUCAGGAGUUUGCGAAAUUUGCGGCGAAGAAAGGGUGCACGCCUAGUCAGCUCGCUUUGGCGUGGUUGCUGAAGCAGGGUGAUGAUAUUAUCCCUACGCCGGGCACGAAGAAUGUUCAAUUGUCGGACGAGGAAGAAAAGGAGAUCAGAGCCUGGGCAGAGCGAGCUGACGUUGGUGGUGCGCCGAUUCCGGAGAGGUUAGAAUUUGGACUGUAUGUUGAUACUGUCGAGGAGAAGUAA